AUGAGCAUUUGCCAUGUAGCCUGCCAUAAAAAGGUUACUGUUUUCCUGCCUUGGUGCCUGGCCUUCCCAGAGCCCCCUGCUGCAGACCUUAAAGGACUGGACUUUACUAAGGACUAUUUCCAUCAGAUUUUCCAGACCAAGAAAGAGUCACCACUCUUCACCCAGACGGAAAAGAUACAGUGCCUGCCACCAUUUCAUCUGAAUGAGACAGACCUACAGAAUGGGCAGAUGCUGACUGUGCCACACAAGCCCCACUGUGGAGUAAAUGUAACUGCUUUCUCAGGAAGUUCUAAAGGGAAGAGGCACACUCUGACCUACAGAUGUUUGAUUAUCAAUUACCCAAGAGAUAUAAGCCAAUCCACGGUGAAAGAUAUUAAGCAAGAUGCAUUUUCCAUCUGGAGCAAUGCGACCCCCUUGAUUUUCCAACAAGUGAAAAAUCAAGAUGCAGACAUCAAGGUUUUUUUCUGGUCCACAGCCCAUGGAGAUUGUUGGCCCUUUGAUGGACCAGAUGGUGUCUUAGGUCAUGCUUUUUUACCAAAUUCUGGAGCUCCAGGAGUUAUCCACUUUGACAGAGGAGAACAUUGGUCAACUUCAGACAGAAGAUUUAGUUUGUUCCUUGUUGCUAUUCAUGAGCUUGGCCAUUCUCAGGGCCUGCUGCUCUCCAAGAGUCUGAACUCCAUAAUGUACCCCAGAUAUGUGAAUUGGGACCCUACAACCUUCCAUCUUGAUGGUGAUGAUAUCAAAAUAAUCCAGCAACCCUAUGGAGAAAGAUGGUCAUCUGAAAUACCCCAAAGUUAA